GCGCUGCUCACCGUGUUGUGUCGUGUAAUGUCAGCUUCUGGGUGAGGUCAGCGUGUGAGUGAAACUCACAAUCACCUUUCCACCAUUCCAAAAAACUUUGAACGGUGACUGAUCAAAUCGCCCUGCCGCCUGCGCCGCGUUCGUCCCCCGUUCUGAGAGCAGGGCACGCAGGAUGGCAGCCGUGAAAGCGCUUCAGCAGUGGUGCAAGAUCCAGUGCGACGGUUACCGGGAUGUAGCCAUAACGAACAUGACGACCUCUUUCCGGGACGGUCUCGCCUUCUGCGCGCUCAUUCACAAACACCGGCCCGAUUUAAUACCCUUUGACUCUUUGAAGAAGGACAACGUUUAUGAUAACAACCACCUGGCAUUCAGCGUGGCAGAGGAGCAGUUGGGUAUCCCUGCCCUGUUGGACGCCGAGGACAUGGUGGCUCUAAGGGUCCCCGAUCGCCUCAGCAUCCUCACAUACGUCUCUCAGUACUACAACUACUUCCAUGGAAAAUCACCCAUUGGAGGUAUGGCAGGCAUCAAGAGGCCUGCGGAGGAGUCCAGCGAUCAGCAGCCCUCGGGGAAGAAGAACCAGCCAAUCACAGCCAAAACCUACGCCCCUGCUGCCACGCCCACGCAGAAGCAGCCAGUCACAGCCAAGGCCACGCAGAACCAGCCAAUCACAGCCAAAACCUACACACCACCUGCUCCUGCCACACCCAGCCAGAGGGAAGUGUUGGCGGAGCGCACCAACAAGACGGGUACCCUGAGCAGCAGCUGCAGUGUCUGCAACAAGCACGUUCACCUUGUGCAGCGCCACCUGGUGGAAGGGAGACUCUACCACCGCAACUGCUUCAAGUGCUGCGAGUGCUCCACCAUUCUCCUAUCAGGCACCUACAAACCAGGUAGCAAACCCGGAACCUUCAUGUGCACGACACACAAUAAACUUAGUCCUCCAACCAUUCAGAGCUCCCGGAAUCCUCCUUCGCCCAAUCCCAGUGCUCGGAAUCCUCCCGCUGCCGAUCCCCCGAAGAAGCAGCUAGAGUUCGGCACCAAAUUCACGCCUUCUCCUGCCAAGCCCGCGGGUCCAACAUGGCUGACCACCAAGAGUGACCGUACCGUGACGCCCACGCCAACACCAACACCAACGGCAGCUCCACGGCAACGUGAAACCACAACGUUGACCAUUGGUGUCAACGCUACUGGCAAAUCUGACCGCAACAGUAGCAGCAGCAGCAGCAGCAGCAGCACCACCAACACCACCACCACCACCACCACAACAACACGCAGUCCCGCCAACCAAACAGUGACACAUGGCUCCUCUCCAGUUUCCUCCCUCAACAGCAACAUGGCCUCCAAGAACCAGCAGGCUCGGCAGCGGUUCUUUGAGUCUGCAACCUCAAAUACACCCGCAAAAGUGCCGCCAUCAUCCACCACUGAGAAGAAGGAGGAAUCUUCUGGAAAAAGCCUUGGAACUGGGACUGUUAGUGGCGGAGGAGGUGUUGCACAGAAGAAAGGAAGGAAGCUGUUGAAAGUAGGGGACUGGCACAUGAAGGAGGACGACGAAGAGGAGGAAGAGAAGGACAUGGAGAAAGAGAAGGAGAAAGCAAAAGGAUUCCUUGGGCGGAAACUGGCAGAGGAGAAGAACAACAACAACUUGAGCAACACCAACAAGUGCAGUAGUCUCUGGAAAGUGGAUGGUGGCAAGAGCACUGAUAACAGUGGACGGGUACAGCUGAAGCCGCUGGACGUGUCUUUAUCAGCCAACACGACUCCGGCAGAUAAACCGAGUCCACCCUGGCUUAGCAAAACCAAUAAGGACAAUAAACCAGCCGCCACACCCUCUAAAGAAAAUGACCACACGCCAACCAGCUGGAGGUCCAUGCUCAAGCCUGUCGCCAAGGAGACCAAACCUGCCAGCUCCAUAGAUCCAGUUCCACCCAGCAGCGCUGAGACCUCAAGAUCCAAAUCCCCCUCUCGACUGUGGGGAGGCAGUUCAGGAAAGCCCCAGGCUUCAGGGCCUACCUCCACUCCUACCCCCAGUACAGGCCUUGCUCCUGCCUUUCUCUCUACUAUUACAAGCAAAGAUUUCAAAACGCCAGACACUACACCUUCAAAAGAAACCCCCAAAACACCAAAGGGUAAACCAGAGUACAUUCCCAAAGAGAAGAUUCUUCAUGAGCUGAACGACAUUGAGAGGAACAUGAACGAGUUGGAGCGCAAAGGAGUGGAGAUGGAGAAACAGCUCCGAGCAUUUGAAGAGGAAGGCAAAGAGGAUGUGCUGCAGGAUGAUCUGAUGGUGGACUGGUUUAACCUCAUCAGGCAGAAGCAGGUCUACAUGAGGCGCGAAUCUGAACUUGUCUACACAGCAAAAACUCAGGAUCUUGAAGAGCAGCAGCCCGGUGUUGAAGCCGAACUGAGGAGGUUGAUGGACAAGCCUGAGCACUUAAAGACCUCUUAUGACCGCAAGCGGGAGGAAGACCUGAUGGCCAAGCUGGUGGAGAUAGUCAACGACAGGAACGCCAUAGUGGACGGGCUGGAUGAGGACCGACUCAGGGAGGAGGAGGAAGAUGAGCAGCUCAAUAAGAUGAUGGAGAAUCUUGCCUCUCCAGAUUCAAAGAAAGACAAGGAGAAGAAGAAGUCCAUCAAGAAUCGAUGGUUUAAAAAGUCCAAAAAAGAGGGGACUGGGUCGUAAAUCUGUGAGCAUGAUCGGUUUCUGUGUGCGCGUGUGUGUGCACGUGAGUGUGCGUGUUUUGUUCGUGUGCUGGCAUUUGUGCACACUGUAUGUUUUGAUGUACUUUGAUUUGCGGCCAUGUAAAAUUGGACAUUUUGAAUGUUGUUGAUCCAUAUUGGAUCUUUUUAAGCCAGUCGAACUAAUUUCCAGAACAAGGCAUGACAGCAGUUGUUCUGAGAUUAUAUUUUAGACAUGAAUUGUAUUUUGUUUAACACCAAUGUUGGACACUUUUAAUCAUGUUUUACAUUUCAAAUGUGGAGUAAUGCACUAAAGAUGUGUGGAAUAGGUGUUUUGGGAUAUUCUGUAACAUUCUGUUGUGGGCACUUCAGAAUCUCUAUCCAUCUUGUCUCUCUUUAACAAACACAUAAAAAUGCAUAAAGCUAAAAGUUUUCAGGGAGGGGUGUCAUCGGUUUACUUUAAGAGUAAGAUACAAUAUAGUAGAUGUAGUGAAAUCAGUGUUUUUUGUCAUAGCUUUUGCGAUGUGAUGUCAUUGAAUGCUGUAUCAUAAUGAACAUCACUCAACUCAUCGUAACAUCUUGAUGUCACAUAACGGGACUAUGUUUUAAUAAUAGAUGUGACCCUGUGUCUUUGUUUUAAUCGUUUUCAUACAUUACUUUAUCAGGGAUGCUGCUGGUAUUUUUUUAAUCCAAUGCAUUGUCAUAACGAUAUACUCAAGCCCUAUUCUGUGAAAUGCAGGCUUUUUUCUGUAAUUCUUUAUUGGGUGGGGCAAAAUUGCACUACACUACACAUUAAAACAUCUGUCAAAAAUG